ACUACUUUAGGCCCUGCCCAGAGCCCAGGAGUCCAGACAGCCUGGGACACGAGCAGGAGUUGGAUCCCAAGUUGGAGAGAGAGAGAGGAGAGGCCUACUGCAGCCCGGUGUGUCCUUGACCCUGUUCAGUUAGGAGGUAAGGACAAGCAGGAGGUCUUUUGUGUGCCUUCAGAAGUCUGCCUUCAGUUCUCACCAAGCUGCUCUGAGAAUGGAACGAUCCACCAGGGAGCUGUGUCUCAACUUCACCGUUGUCCUGAUUACAGUUAUCCUUAUAUGGCUCCUUGUCAGAACCUAUCAGUACUGAGAUACCACAGCUCCUGCAAUUGACUGCAACACUCCAGAGCUGUCUUCUGUAUGCACUGAGAUCCCACUGCUGUCAUGGGAUGCCUUUUCUGGCACCCCACGACACUUCUGACCUGCUCGCACAAUAUUUGGGCUGCCUCCAGUGUUAGUAUUGAUUGUGUGAUCUCUAAAGAUGCUGCUCUCAAUGGCUGCCAAGUGUUUGUCAGGGAGCAUUAGAUUUAUUCCCCAACUCUUACUGCAAAUGUGUCAGACAAGCCACAAGGUUAAAAGUAAACUGGAUUCGUGAUGACAUAGAAUUCUAACAAGCCCCUGGUGUGUUUCACCACACAUCCCUUCAUCCCACACUCAGCAACCAAACUCUAAAUCAACUGCCAGAAGAAAGAAAUGUUAAAGGAAGUCUUUGUCAGCCCCUAUAACUGUCAUGUGAAUAAAGUUGUCGACCCCAAAAAAUGACUUUUAGAAUUUAUUUUACCUUCUAUUUGUGAUACUGCAUUUGACCCUUGGCUGGGAUUGAAGUGACAAAUAUUACAGUAUUUCUAGCAUUUGAGAUAAGCCAAGAUCCUCCAACUGCUGAGGAUUUGAAACCAAGUCAAUUGAGUGUCAUAUUUCAAAUAAUUCCAUUGAUUCAGUGCUCCUCAAACUUUCCCUCUGAACUAGUCCCAAGGGCAGAGGGAAAAUAAAUCCAUUCUACUCGGAGGUCUGUAGCACAGCCUGAAAUGUCCACUAAAAGCACAAAAUUUCUUUCAGGCCUUGUGUUUUAUUAAAAUUCACAAAAAAAUGUA